GAAGCAGAACCAGACGAAGGAGAUCCGGAGCAGCAGCAGAACCCAAGCCGGACGGAGCCACUUCCACUGCAGCAGGGUUUUAAUCAUGAGUGUGGAUGAAGAUUCCCGCUGGCUGGAGUGGGUAACCAAACAGUUUGAGACCAUCGCUGGAGACGACAAAGAAAUUGACAUCGACGAGUUUAAAACUGCACUCAAAGUCAAAGAGUCUUUCUUUGCCGAGCGUUUCUUUGCUCUGUUCGACUCGGAUGGCAGCGGAUCCAUCAGUCUAGACGAGCUGCUCAAAGCUCUGAACCUCCUCAUCCACGGCGACGAGACCGACAAGCUGCGCUUUCUGUUCCAGGUCUACGACGUCGACGGCAGCGGUUCGAUCGACCCAGACGAACUGAGAACGGUUCUGAAGUCGUGUCUGCAGGAGAGCGCCAUCUCUCUGCCAGAAGAGAAACUGGACGACCUGACGCUGGUUCUGUUCGAGUCCGCCGACAAAGACAGCAGCGGCUCCAUCACCUUUGAAGAACUGAAAGCUGAGCUGGAGAACUUUCCAGAGGUGAUGGAGAAUCUGACCAUCAGCGCCGCUAACUGGCUGAAACCGCCAGAUCAGGAGCAGAAGAAGCCUCAGACGCCCCGGUACCUGACCCGGGCCUACUGGCAGAACAACAGCCGGAAGCUCCUGUUCCUGUGCAGCUACGUUCUGCUCAACCUGAUGCUGUUUGUCGCCGCCAUGUUGUACCACCGCAAAGGCGGCGGCUGGUUCAUGCUGGCCAAGGGCUGCGGCCAGUGUCUGAACUUCAACUGCACGUUCGUGAUGGUGUUGAUGCUGCGACGCUGUCUGACGUGGCUCCGGGCCACCUGGGUCGUCAGAGUCCUUCCUCUGGACCAGAACAUCCUGCUGCAUCAGAUCGUCGGCUAUGCCAUCCUCUUCUUCACACUAGUGCACACAGCGGCACACAUCAUCAACUUUGCCCGUAAGUCACAAAGCGGGGGGUUCAGUCUGUGGGAGUACCUGCUAACCACCAGGCCGGGGAUCGGCUGGGUGAAGGGGACGUCGUCGCUGACCGGGGUCAUCCUACAGCUGCUGAUCUGCCUCAUGGUGUUCUGCUCCAGCACAUUCGUCCGUCGCAGCGGACACUUCGAGGUGUUCUAUUGGACUCACCUGUCCUACAUCUGGGUCUGGAUCCUCCUCAUCAUUCAUUGUGCAAACUUCUGGAAGUGGUUUGUGGUUCCAGGCUUCGUCUUCCUGCUGGAGAAGAUCGUGGGAAUCGCCGUGUCUCGUAUCGGAGGCCUUUACAUCGUAGAAGUCAACCUGCUGCCGUCCAAGGUGACUCACCUGGUGAUCAGGCGUCCCCAGUUCUUCCAGUUUAAACCUGGAGAUUACAUCUACAUCAACAUCCCAGUGAUUGCCAAGUAUGAGUGGCACCCGUUCACCAUCAGCAGCGCCCCUGAGCAGCCAGAUACCAUGUGGUUACAUGUGCGCUCCAUGGGCCAGUGGACCAACCGGCUGUACGAAUACUUCAGACAGCCGGAGAGCCAGGCGGUUUGUCCCAAGCGGCUGGCCACCAGUCUGAGGAAGCGGCGCCAGGUGAAGAGGCAGCAGAAGGGCCAGAUGUUCCUUUCCUCUGAGUCACAGAAAGCCGUGGCUUCGAACCAGGAUGACACCAUCGAGCUGACGAUGUUCCGGCAGAACGGGUUGCAGUCCGGAUCGGCUUCAGACCCAGAGACUCUGGUGGAGUUUCCUCUGGAGGAGCCUGGGCUGACGGAGAGAGGAGAGACCCCACCUCUCAGAGAGGUUUCUGCCAAGUCUGGUGAGAAUCACCGAUUCUGCAACAUAAAGUGUUACGUAGACGGGCCGUACGGGACUCCGACCCGGCAGAUCUUCGCCUCGGAACACGCUGUGCUAAUCGGAGCAGGAAUAGGAAUCACACCUUUCGCCUCCAUCCUGCAAAGCAUCAUGUACCGGUACCGCAUGAGGAAGCACACCUAUCCCAACUGUAGCUCCUCAGGGUGUGAAAACGUUAAAGACAGCGACAUGAGGCUGCGUAAAGUCGACUUCAUCUGGAUCAAUAGAGACCAGAAGUCCUUCGAAUGGUUCGUUAGUUUGCUGACUAAGCUGGAGAUGGAGCAGGCCGACGGGGAGCCAGAAGGUCAGUUCCUGGAGAUGCACAUGUACAUGACCUCAGCGCUCAGCAAGAACGACAUGAAGGCCAUCGGCCUGCAGAUGGCGCUCGACCUUCUGGCCAAGAAAGAAGAGAAAGACUCCAUCACAGGUCUGAGGACCAGAACUCAGCCAGGCCGACCCGAAUGGGAGAAGGUUUUCCAGAAACUGUCCGAGGAAAACAAAGGAAAAGUUCACGUGUUUUACUGCGGCGCUCCGGCUCUGGCUAAAGUCAUCAAAGCUCAGUGUGAACACUUCGGCUUCAACUUCUACAAGGAAAACUUCUGAGGAUGUCUUUGUUCAUUUGAUUUUAUAUUUCUAUGAGGACAAAACCUGACAGAACACCAGCUGAAGGAAGCAAACUGCAGUCACACUAAAGAUGUAAGACUUAUUUAGACAUAGAGUUAAGUUUUAGUUAGAUUUAAUUUAGGGAUUCAGUUAUGAUGCUUAAAGUCUGCUCUGUAAAUAGAAUGUCUCUAUAUGCCAAUAUAUAAAUCAUAAUUGUUGGAAUUAAAAGUGAUAUUUUUUUCUGUUUUAAAGAAAUAAUAAAAACCAUGAACCAUAGAUCUCAGUCAGUCAUUUGUUACAGCUAGUCUUUGUUAAAUUCAAUAAAAGGAUAAAUUACACACAUUGAUUCAGUCUACUUUAAGCAUCUCUUUUCCUGGUAUAAUGCCUUGUCUCUCAUUCCUCGCAAAGCUGUCAUCAUCCUUGUAAGCUACGACACUCUUUCUUCCACACUUUUUCCUUCCACUCAACUUUCUACCUCUAUGUUUGAAUACAGCACAGUAAAGAACAGCUUCUUG